AUGGGCACCCGUGCACCCUACUCCCUGAUAGAUACUACCCCGGCCAAGAUCUUUCUGGUAUACCGCAACGGAGACCAGUAUUAUGUGGGUAAGAAGUUUGUCUUCAACCGGCGGCGGGUGGCGUCCUUCGAGGCUUUCUUGAACCAACUGAACGAGGAGAUCACGUUGCCCUUCGGCGUGCAGCGGAUCUACACGCCCAUGCAUGGCCACCUGGUCCAGGAGCUGGACAGUCUACAGCAAGGGGGGAAGUAUGUGGCCGCCGGCAGAGAGAGGUUCAAGAAGCUAGAUUAUUUUCAUAUAGUUCCCAGAAAACCUAUGAAGAUGAGAAAACCGAAGGAAAUCAAACCAGUGGUACAUUGUGACAUAAAUGUGCCUUCCAGGUGGCAAACAUUUAAUCGUGUAUCCCGGCAUAUAAAUGUUUUCACAAAUGGAAGACUGUAUAUUCCACCUGCAAAAAUUAUUAUACCCAAAUUCUGUCUGUCACGUUGGGAUAGCGUGUUGGCCUUGAUUGGAGAAAAAGUCUUCCCUCUGGGAGGUGUUCGAAAAAGUUAUGCAGAUGCUGAAAAAACCUCACGAAGAAAGAAGAAAGAGGAUCCUGAAGGAAAAUCACCUCCUAAAUAUGAAGCCACACCAGCUAAGAAAGAAGAGUCUGUUUAUUAUGCUAAAGAAAGGAAGGAAGAACCUUUGGUAAAAUCUUUAAUCACCAGUGGCCCAGAAGGUGAUGUGUAUAAAGCUCGGACUUCCAACACAGAAAUUCAAGGAGCAACAGAUGUAAAAGAGGAUCAAGAUGUGAAAGUGGAAGUACCUGUGGAUCAGUUACCAGCUGAGAUAGUGAAGGAAGAUGAAGACAUACAGGAAAAAGUCCCUGAUUUAGAAGAAAAUGAGGUAUCUCCUGAUAAAAUGCUCAAAGUGUGCAAGAUAAAGUCUUGCCAUUCUCACCUCUAA